AAACCCAAAAGAAGAAACUCCCCCAAGCAGCAGAGCCGUCUGCAAUGGCGGAAAAUUUUCCCACGCUCUGAAGGAGGAGGCAAAGAAAAUAUUGAUGAAGAUCGUCACGUACAACGUCAACGGUCUCCGGCAGCGCGUAGCUCAGCACGGCUCCCUCCUCAAGCUCCUCAACUCCCUCGAUGCCGACAUCAUCUGUCUCCAGGAGACGAAGUUAACGAGGCAGGAUCUCUCCGUAGACGUAACCUCUGCCGAGGGAUACGAGGGUUUCCUCUCCUGCACUCGAGGCUCGACACGAGGACGAUUCGCUUAUUCUGGUGUUGCCACAUUUUGCCGGGUUAAGUCGGCAUUUGGCAGCGAUGAGGUGGCGCUUCCAAUGGCGGCCGAAGAAGGGUUUACUGGGACUCUUCAUGGCUUGAAGAAGAAGGAGAUGAUGGUUGGGGAGUUUGAGGUCGAAUUGCCUUUGAAUGUGGAGGGGCUUGAGGAUGUAACCAAUGAGGAUUUAUUGAAGGUGGAUAGUGAAGGGCGUUGUGUUAUUACAGAUCAUGGUCAUUUCGUACUUUUUAACCUAUACGGCCCUCGAGCUCAAGAAGAGGACCGGGAAAGGAUUCAGUUUAAGCUUUUGUUCUUUAAGGUGUUACAGAAACGGUGGCAAUCACUUCUAAGCCAAGGGAGGAGUAUUAUUGUUGUUGGUGAUCUCAACAUUGCCCCUGCUACUAUGGACCGCUGUGAUGCGGAACCAGGUUUCGAGAAAGAUAUGUUUAGAAAAUGGCUAAGAUCUUUGUUAAGAGAUUCUGGAGGUCCUUUUUUUGAUGUUUUCCGUUCGAAACACCCAGCAAGACGAGAAGCGUAUACUUGCUUCUCACCAAGAGUUGGAGCUGAAGAGUUCAAUUAUGGUUCGCGGAUUGAUCAUAUCCUCAUUGCUGGACCAUGCCUGCAUAAAGAAAAUGAUUUGGAAGGCCAUAACUUGUUUAAUUGCCAUGCUGAAGCAUGUGAUAUUAUGGUUCAAUUUAAAAGGGGAAAGCCUGAGAAUACACCCAAAUGGCAAGGUGGAAGGACUAUUAAACUGGACGGGUCAGAUCAUAUACCUGUUUAUGCUGUCUUAAGUAAUAUGCCUAAUCUUUCUGUGCAUAACACCCCUCCUUUGGCUGUGAGGUAUAUUCCUGAGGUCCGUGGAUGGCAGCAAACUAUCGUGUCAUUCCUGGGGAAAAGAGAAAAACAUUGCUUUAAGCACCCUACUGUGCCAAAUUGCCAAUCAGAUGAAAACACUGAAACCCAGGAUAGUUGGAAGUGUGCGCUAAAUGCGGAUAAUGAGCCAACAUCAAAUGUAGAGAUGGCAGUUGGUUCAUCCCACUUUUCUUUUCACCAGAGACUUUCUGAUUCGGUCUUGGAAGCGCAGCGUACUGGUUCUAGUUUAAGUGAUAAUUCAGAUGUUUUGAAAGAGAAUGAUGAUAUGGUGCUUUCUAAGCUUCGGAAAGACCAAUCUCUAUACCGUUCCAGCACAGUAGUCAUGAAAAAGGGAAGACGUAGUGCAUAUUCUCAACUCACAUUAAAGUCUUUUUUCAAGCAACCCAAGGCUGCAAAUUCUUUCGAUACUGCAAACGCAAAAGCACCUCAAGUACAAGCAGAUUGGCAAGAAGAGAAUGAAAAUAUGUUUCAUAAAACAGAGUCGUCAUGUGAUAAACGCCUUCCAGAAAACAUUGAAGAAAACAGCUCUGAAUUGACUGUACCCAUCACGGAUGCAUGUGGGCAGGACUUAAGUUUUUCUUCAAAGAUGGAGAAGGGUAACGCUGUACUGGAGUGGCAGAAGAUUCAAGAGAAAAUGAGGACCAGUAUACCUCUCUGCAAGGGUCAUCAUGAACCUUGUGUUGCAAGAUCUGUUAAAAAAGGUUCAAAUGUUGGUCGACGGUUUUAUGUCUGUGCUCGUGCUAAGGGACCGGAAUCUGAACCAGAGGCAAAUUGUAAUUACUUUCAAUGGGCUCCUUCGAGAUCCAAACAAAAAAGAAACUGAAGUAACUAUCAUCUGGUACUAUGACAGGAACAUCAACAUGCACUGUGUAUAUAUCAACUGUUUCACAUUGUAAGUUCCAUGUCGUUCAUUCUUAAGCACUUGUGCGCAGCUAUAUAUAUUUUGUAUGCAUCCACUUUUGGCUAAAAUCAGAUCAAUGAUAUAAUUCUCAAACCAUAUUCUGAAGUUACUGUACUUAGAUAAGCAUGAAACCGUGUUCAAUUUGAUCCUAUGAUGCUAAAUCCUCCUCUCCAAAACAUAUGAAAAAUUCUGCUGUUGCCAACCGAAAAAUGGGCAUCUUUUUGGAAAUUAAAUCGAUACUCUUGACAUGAUAAAUGACUAAUGCAAUCUUUGUGAAAUUUGAGGUUAGCUAGUUUAGAAUUGUAUUAUCUACUAGUUGCAUGUCAGACCUUGAUGAACAUUUCUGAAUUUUUCCAUGUGAACAUUUAAACAUUAUAUAUCCUAUGGACGUUGCUAGAACCCAAUACAUCAGGGUGGCUAAUUUUCUGUAAGUGAUGUAUCCAAAAUUCCUGCUAGCAAAUGUAGAGGGAUAAGUGCAACCGGACAUAAGGAAAAAAAGAAUUCUGCCUCAAUGUUGAGUUAACACACCUCCAUCAAAUUCAACGGAAAAGGAAGAUAAUAACAUCAGUUCCUGACAGCAACCAUUUCAGGUUCUCGAAACUGUUCAGGAUGAACUCCUGCUGUGAUCUAGCCAAUUUCUGGUCUCUUGGCUGUUAUACCGAAUAAAAUUCCUUGUACUUCUCAAGAUAUUGAUUAAAUGCGAAAAAAUCUGUUAAUAUCAUUUUCCUUUCCUAAAACGUCUCUAGUGUGGGCUGCGAUUUCAAUUGCAAGAGUACAGUUUGAUUUAGGAAGAUAGUCGAGAGACCUAUAUUUAGGUGAUGAGUAUCUUGGACCAAAUUAGAUAUACUAAUCAUGUAGUUUAGAUCCAUGGACUAUCUUACAGCUACAAUUAUUAAAUAUAUUAGCAUGCAGCAUUUAGUUCUCAUUAAUGCAUUUUCUCUUGGAUGUUGAAUUUAUGUGGUGGCCAUAUAUUCACACAAAUUUCAAUGGUAAGAACUCAACUAGACAUCAAGCUCUUACCCAUGCACUUGGCUAUGCGCUUAGUUGAGAAGGUUCGCAGCUUAGCUAGUGCUGAGAAUUUACUGUGGAGAUCUGUAUGAGAGGAUGAAGGGACAAUCUAUACGUGCAAAUCUUGUUCACACUUAGGUGGAGAAUGAGAUGUUGAGCAACGCAGAGGACUAAUGAAACAGACAUUAGUAACCUUCUCAGCCUCAGGUGUCAUCUUCCGUAUAACCAUGCAUUUUUCCUUAUAUUUUCCAGAUGUGACGUGGAUAAAGUGGAGCAUGGUUAUGAAAUAAAGAAGAACACUACUUCUGAUGAGCUCACUUAUAAAGCAUGUUUAAAUGCAUUUGGCAAUGAGAAUGACACAAAGAGCGCAGAAAAGAUUUUCAAAGAGCUGAAAAGGAGAAGAAAUUAGCUCAUGAUCAUAUUUGGAGUGGCACCUAAAUCAAAGUGACCAAGCCCGGCAAGAUGAGGAAAGCAUUGCAGGACAUGGAGAAAAUGCUCGGGGUGUAAGAAUAUAUUCUCCGAACUGUUUACUUAUCAGUUUCCAUGCAGCUUUAUCAGAUUGGAGGAAUGCAUAUAUAAUUUGUGAUAAGAUGUAUUUGAUCUAUCAGAAGAAGCUUGUAUUGAUUACAAGUGCAUGAUACCAAAGAAGCGGUAUCUAUGUUGAAUGAGAGUCGGUAUCCAGUACACCGGACUCCUGGAUUCGCGAUUUCUACUACCCUCAAGCAUAAGAUGGUACUGAAAGCUGAUAACCCCCACGCGACAUCACAAAAGCAGGAACAGUGCCAAGCUAUACAGCAUCUGGGAGCUUAUGACCUGGAGUCACCUCUUUUUCCAACUUCAGGAGACUUCUACUGCCUUCGGCCGAGGUUUUAGCUAACCCUAGCGUGUGAUGUAUUUAUUUGUAAUCCUGCCCAGAGUGUGUAUUGCCUUAUUUAUUCAGUGGCAAGGAAGGGGAGGCAAUAUUGUUGUAAUCAUGCUCUUGAAAGAACUCAUUAAGAAUUUGUUACAUCUAGUCUGCAUCGAUAACAUAAGUUCGGUGGGAACUAAAAGAUGUGUUUAGUUUU